CUUCCAAAUCACUUCCACCACUUCAUCAGCACAAACAAGUACGCCGAAACUCAAAGCUUCCCAUUAUCCUUGCUGCAUAGUCAAUAGCUGACUCGAUGUUUACAGGACUCAUCAAGCGGGCUGGUGCUCCGCCAAUCUCUGUUCUGAAAUCAGCUCUCAGGGACCGGCGAAUCGCACACUUUGUCCGUCCAGUGGUCUUUGUUGGCACCGUCCGCCACCAAUCCUCGUCCUCCUCAAGCCGUGAUAAUGACAACAGCAACAAUGCGGAUAUGGAACCCAUCACAACGAAUGAGGCCCCUGUCAAUGCCUCGUUCGAGCUCCACCGGGUAGAUCUCGCUCACGGCUCCUUCUUUGCACUCCACCGCCCUUUAUUGGGGAUCACCAACGGACCCAUGUUUACGAGCAACAGCAGUAACUUGAUGAACGAGGAGGACUAUGAAGAUCCUGUGUAUGACCUUGCCAAUUACUUUUCAACUCUUCAGCCAUACUCGCCUCCAACAUCACUAUCUCAAUCAGCAUUGGUGACACCAACAGCAACUGCUUGGGCGAGUUUGCCUCCCUCUCUUACGGAUGCGAACCAGACGAUCGAUGCGUUCCUUCGCAUGGCCGAUAAGCAGGGACAGGAAGGGCAAUUGAGCCAUAUGGAAGAGGACACAGAAGCAUCAACAUCAGGAGAAUCAAUAGCGGCAAUAUCAGCGACAGCAGAAUCGAUUAUGGAUCCGUCCCUGAGCCAUGCAGGUGUUAUGUAUAUGACAAGUGUUCUGCGCAAACGGAGAAUUAAGAUGCGCAAGCACAAGUACAAGAAACUACGAAAGAGAACCAGGGCGUUGCGUAAGAAACUUGGAAAGUAAAGUGGGCACGUCGCGACAUGGAUCCUGCUCAACCCCGUGGGCAACUAUCCAUGGAUCUGUCAGGAGCGCCCAGGGACGCUCUCCGUUGAUCGUUUUCCGUUCGUAGUUGCUGCCCCAUUGCUUGCUCUGCCUCUCCCCCCUGAAAUGUAUAGAUUUCUGUAAUUAUUACCUCUUCUCAUUUGCCAUAUUCAUUGAAAUAAAAAAACAUAGAGCAAUUGGCAUCGAA